GAUGCUAACACGAGAUUCAAUUAGCAGUUUUCAUUCAUCGAAGGAAGUUAGUUGGAGGAAAUAUUGGAGUCAUCGCAACCAAACUGAAGCUUUCUUAUUUUCUUAAGCUUUCAAAGGAAGUAAGGAAGUAAUAAAAGAAUAAGGUGCAGUGUGUUGAAGAAAACGUAGACUACAAGACCAAGUUCAGGCUUUUUUUUUCGUGAUGUCUUCAAUGGUGGUGUGAAACAUUACACAUAUUGAAACUGGUGAACAUGGAGGUUACGUUUGCCAAGGGAAUAUUCCUUUCCGUCCAUUUUGUUGAAACAAAUUAGUUUUUUGUUCUUUGUGCAUAGUAUUUGUCAGCUAAACGUUCAAAAGGAGAAAAAGUGCAACUGCCCUUAACAAGGACGCGUUUGAGUAUGUUAUUUUUCCAUAAUGGUUUGUGUAAUUUUUUUUCAUUGGAUCUUCGUUAUUGAACAAACUGGUGGUUGAUGGGUGAAAAUAAGUUUCACGAUUUAUCUUUCCUUACAAUCUCCCAGUUUACAAAAUCGAGUAGGAACAGACAUUGCUAGUCGGGAAAACUCUAUUACUUUCAUUGCUUAUUCUUGCUAAUCAAAAAAAAAAAAAAAAGAAACUUUACCUUUCCUUACAAUUUUCCAGUUUACAAAAACGAGUAGGAACAGACAUUGCUAGUCGGGAAGACUCGAUUACUUUCAUAGCUUAUUCUUGCUAAUCAAAAAAAAAAAAAAAAAAGACGAAACUGCUAUCCGAGAAGAAACCUCACCAGCCAUGAAUCAAUGAAUUCCAUCAAUAUUUGUUCAAGCAUUUUCUGUAACUUCCUUUUUAAACAAACAUGAAUGCUAAUAUCGGGAAAAAGUCCUUCUCGUGUGAAUGCUGUGCAAAGACUUUUUCUGCCGCUUCAAGCUUACAGAGACACAUGACUUCCCAUGCAGCUGAAAAACUGUUUUCUUGUGACUCUUGUGCAAAGACUUUUUCUGCCGCUUCAAGUUUACAGAGACAUAUGACUUCCCAUGCAGUUUAAAAACUGUUUUCUUGUGACGCUUGUGCAAAGACUCUUUCUGCCGCUUCAAGCUUACAGAGACAUAUACUUCCCCUGCAGCUAAAAAACUGUUUUCUUGUGACUCUUGUGCAAAGACUUUUUCUGCCGCUUCAAGCUUACAGAGACAUAUGACUUCCCACGCAGCUGAAAAAUUGUUUUCUUCUGACUCUUGUUCCAAGACCUUUUCUCAAUCUUCUAGCCUAGAGGCAUAUCAGAAAAUCCACACUUUGAAAAAUAUCCAUUCGUGUGUACAUUGCUCAAAAACGUAUUCCAGAUAUUCCGAUUUGAAAAUGCAUCUGAGAGUCCAUGCUGGCGAAGAAAACCCGCAUACAUGCAGUUAUUGUCCGAGGAUAUUUUCUAACGCUGUAGACCUAAAGAGACAUAUAAGUACUCACUCUGGCGAAAAACCAUUUUUAUGUGACAUUUGCUCAAAGACAUUUGCCCAGAAUUCGCAUUUAAAGUCACAUAGGAGGGUCCAUACCGGCACCCCUACAAUUGUAAAAAUUGCAACACCCUACAAUUGUAAAAAUUGCCCAAAGGCGUUUGCCGAUGCUUCAGCCUUAAGAAGACAUACGCUUACCCACACUGGCGAAAAAUCAUUUUCAUGUGACAUUUGUUCAAAGUCAUUUGCUCUAUCUUCAAGAUUAAAGGUACACAAACGAAUCCAUGCAGACGAAAAACCCCAUUCAUGUGACAUUUGUUCAAAGACAUUUUCUAGUUUUUCGGAUUUAAGGAGACAUAGCGCUGUCCAUACUGGUGUAAAACCUUUUGUAUGUGAUGUUUGUUCAAAGAAAUUUACUCAGUCUUCAGAGUUGACGAUACACACGAGAGUUCAUACCGGCCAAAAGCCAUAUUUGUGUGAGUACUGUUCAGAGGCAUUUGAUGACGAUCGACGUCUGAAAGCUCAUUUGAAGACCCACAUUAGCAUAAAACCGUUUUCUUGUGAGUAUUGUUCGAAGUCAUUUGCUGAUGUUUCAGACUUAGAGAAACAUAUGAGGCUUCAUGCUGCCAAUAAAGGAUUUUCGUGUGAUUGUUGUUCAAAAUCGUUUUAUAGAUCUUACGACUUAAAACAACAUUCCAGAAUUCAUACCGGCGAAAAACCACAUAACUGUCCACACUGUUCAAAAUCGUUUCUCAGAAUUACCGGGCUGAAAUCGCACGUGAGAACGCAUACCGGCGAAAAACCAUACGCAUGUGAGUUUUGCUCACUUGCAUUUUGUGAGCGGUCUACCUAUAAAAGGCAUUUGAGGGUGCAUACUGGCGAAAAGCCACAUGCCUGUGGAUAUUGCUCCAAAACAUUUUCUUCUGUCUCAUACCUGAAAGAGCAUGAACGAUAUCAUACAGGUGAAAGACGAUUUUCGUGUGAAUAUUGUGUAAAGGCGUUUUUUAAUCGUGGCGACUUAGAGAAGCAUGUGCGCGUGCAUACUGGCGAAAAACCAUAUAGCUGUGAAUAUUGUCCAAAAGCUUUUUCUCAAGCUGCUCACCUGAAGAGUCAUUUGAGAUCGCAUACGGGUGAAAAACCAUAUGCGUGUCAAUUUUGUCCAAAGACAUGUGCUCAUGCUCAGAAUUUCAAGCAACAUAUGGUAACCCAUACAGAAGAAGCACCACACGUGUGUGAAUAUUGCUCAAAAGCAUUUCACGCAAUUUCAAAGUUGGACCAACAUAUGAGGACCCAUACUGGUGAAAAGCCGUAUUUGUGUGAACAUUGUCCAAAAGCAUUUUCUCAAGCUGCACACCUGAAGAUUCACGUGAGAUCGCAUACUGGUGAAAAGCCACAUGCGUGUCAAUUUUGCCCAGAGGCAUUUGCUCGUGCGCAGAGUUUGAAGCAACAUAUGGUAACCCAUACUGGCCAAUCACUGCACGCGUGCGAGUUUUGCUCAAAGACGUUUUCAGCAGCUUCGAAAUUGGAUAGACACUUGAAGACCCAUGCUGCUGAACAGUGGUUUCCGUGUGAGUUUUGUUCAUCGGCAUUUUCAGAUGCAAUGGGCUUGAAGAAACACAUGAAUACCCACACCAACCAAAUAAAGAAUUCAUGUGAGCAAGAAGUGAUUGACGAGCAGGGCAACUAGAUCUCGGCCUGGACCCUCCGAUUUUCAGAGUGCUCCAUAUGGCUGAAAUCGUUUAAGUUCCAAUGUUAAUUAUUCCCCAGCAAAAACGGGAAAUAAAUAAAACGAUGUACAUUUACCACACUAGCUAUAUAAUGUAAACGUAUGUAUAGAGAAAUACAACAGUUAUCUCCAUGAGCAGUCAUCCAGCCAUGUAUU